GUGUCAACAAUCAACUCUUGACUGAUUUCAACGGAUUGAAAGAGCUCAUCUCUCAAGUCUUAAUCAGCCACUCACAAUCCGACCUCUCCACCAGAUUCGUAGUGGGUAGUCAGAACUCAGAAGUUUUCCUGUAUAAUCCGACGCUGAGUUUGUCACCAAAGGGCAAAGGCUCCUCACCUAGAUUUGUAGUUGCAUACCUGAAAGCUAAGAAAAAGGCAAAGUGAAGCUGUUUAAUUAAGAGUUAGGAAGCCAACAUCAAAGGUCCACAAACACACGUACUAAAAGAUUCCACCAGGAGUCUUCAAAUUACAGACUCGUGGUAUAUAGACAUGUACGUAUUUAGAUCUUUCAAAAAUUUUGCUUUUGGAUUUCAUAGAAAUAUAUCAUACGUAAUUUUGUUGAUGUUGUUUUUUUUUUCUUUUUUUUUUCUAUAGAAAUAUGAGCUACCAACCUAGUAGCACUGGUUCUACAUCUGCUGCAAGUAUUAAUGCCGAACAAGGUGAUGUGGAUGAUAAAGCUCCUUUGUGGAUUUAUGCAAAUAAGAUUGAAAAGAUGCCUGGGGGAGGAUCUUGGAGAUUUCAGUGUAAGUUUUGUGAAAAAUCAUUUGUUGGAUCUCACAAUAGAGUGGCUACACAUUUGCUAAAGGAUGGUGGAAAAGGUAUUAAACAUUGCUUGAAGGUCACUCCUCAACAACAUGCUAAUAUGAGCAAGUUACUAAAUGAUUGCAAACAGAGAGUCAAAAAUGCAGCCCCUAGACCAGUUCCAUUGCCUUCAUCAUCGAGGAAUGCAUCAACUUCUUCACUUGAUUAUGAUAUGAGUUAUCAUUCUAGUAUUCCAACAUCAAGUGCAACGGAGCCAAAGAAGAGGAGGGGAAUGGGUACAGCUUUGGAGAAAGCAUUUCAAAAUAACUCUAGGGAGCAAUGUGAUGGUGAAAUAGCAAGAAUGUUUUACACAGGUGGUUUGUCUUUCAACCUUGCAAGAAAUCCUCAUUAUCGCUUGUCAUAUGUGCGUGCUUCUAGCCUUCCAGGAUAUGUUCCACCUGGUUACAAUGCAUUGAGGACUACACUUCUUCAAAAGGAAAAGAAGAACCUUCAGCUUCAUUUACAACCGAUCAAAGACUCAUGGAAUGCUAAAGGGGUGAGUAUAUGUAGUGAUGGUUGGUCUGAUCCGCAAAGAAGACCCAUCAUUAACUUGAUUGCUGCAAAUGCAAAUGGUCCGAUGAUGUUGAGGGCAGUAAAUACUCAAGGUGAAAUAAAAACUGGGGAUAUGAUUGUUGAUUUGAUUAUAGAAUGCAUAAAGGAGGUUGGUCAUGAAAAUAUUGUUCAAAUAGUCACCGAUAAUGCUGCGAAUUGUGUGAAAGCCGGUGCAAUUAUUUCAUCCAAGUAUCCUUCUAUCUUCUGGACACCAUGUGUAGUGCAUACCUUGAACCUUGCUGUGAAGAAUAUAUGUGCACCUUCGCUGCAAACAAGAAACAAUGACGAUGUGUAUGAUGCUUGUAAAUGGAUAGGGCCUCUUGCAUAUGAUGUUUCUUUCAUCAAGAACUUCAUAAUGAACCAUGGGAUGAGGUUGGUGAUGUUUACUGAGCAUUGUGAUCUUAAGCUCCUUACAAUUGCUUCAACCAGGUUUGCCUCCACACUUGUGAUGUUUAAGAGAUUUAAGAAAAUAAAGGCUGGUUUGCAACAUAUGGUAAUCAGUAAUAAAUGGGAUGAUUACAAGGAAGAUGAUGUGAGGAAGGCUGCUGCAGUGAAACAGAAGAUUCUAGAUGAGAUGUUUUGGGAUGAGCUUGAUUAUGUUAUAUCUUUUACUGAGCCCAUAUAUAGUAUGAUUAGACGUUCAGACACCGAUAAGUCGUCUCUUCAUUUAGUGUAUGAAUGGUGGGAAGAUAUGAUUCAGAAUGUGAAGAAAGCCAUAUAUAGGAAAGAAAGGAAACAACUACAUGAGGAUUCAAGCUUUUGGAAUGUUGUGCAUAAGGUGUUGAUGUCUCGUUGGAGCAAGAGUAGCACACCUCUUCAUUGUAUGGCGCAUUCAUUAAAUCCCAAGUAUUAUAGUCCGGAAUGGCUAUUAGAAGAUAGCACCCGAAAGGCUCCUCAUCAAGAUAUUGAUAUUACUAGAGAAAGAAAAAACUGCAUCUUGAAGUAUUUUGAUGAUGCAGAUCAGCGGAGAGAAGUUAAUGUGGAGUACUCCAAUUUUUCCUUGUGUAUGGAUGAUUUUUGUAAUGUUGAUGCAAUGCAUGAUAGGUCCAUCUUACACCCUUUGAAAUGGUGGGCUGUUCAUGGAGCGUCUUCACCAAGGCUUCAAGCCUUAGCAUUCAAGUUGCUUAGGCAACCAUCUUCAUCCUCUUGUUGUGAAAGGAACUGGAGUACUUACAAGUUCAUACAUUCGGCAACAAGAAACAAGAUUACUCCACAAAGAGCAGAAGAUUUGGUGUAUGUACAUACCAAUCUUCGCCUUGUAUCUAGAUGUAGUGACUCUUACAAGGAAGGUCCGUUUCACAUGUGGGAUGUUGGAGGUGAUCAAUUUGAUUCAUUAGAUGAAACUAAUCUUGGAAGGCUUGAGUUUGAGGAUCUUUCUCUUGAUGAACCGACUUUGGAGGCUGUUUUGUUUGAUAAUGUUCAGGAGAAUGUUCAUGAGGAUGAUGUCGUUGAUGUAUAA